GUACCGGGGCGCCGGAGAAAGUCCGGAGCAAGCGGAUCUUCCUCAACCACCUGGACUCGUUCGUUGGCCGUUACGUGGGGAAAGUCAGUGAUAUGUGCCAACAGCCGAGCGUAUCCAAGUGUGAACGUAAAAAGUUUACUUAUCAAACUCUGUGGUUGGAUCAUCCCUGGAGGAACUGAAUGAUGAUGAAGAGCAAAAUGAGGAAGAGACAGAAUCUGCCAAAAGUGUUCCACUGCCCCAAGGAACAUAUCGAAUAGUGGGGACAUCGAACAAUCCUGAAGACAAGAAGCCUGAUUUUGCAUUUGAAACCUUCUCUAUACAGCUUCUAAUGCUAGACAAUGGCGAUUUGACUCUACCUUGUUGCAAGACUCUGACUUUAUAAAAUUUAUGGAGGAGCAGAUCGACUUCUUCUUCUCAACUAAUUCUACAGAUGAUAUUUCCUGCGGAACACUUUGGGACACUUUUAAAGCUUAUAUACGUGGACAGAUUAUUUCUUAUUCUGCUGGUUUGAGGAAACGUAUCAAGAUGGAAACUCUUUUAUUGGUUGAUAAAAUUAAAGAGAUUGAUAAGAAAUAUUCGAUUGCUCCUAGUAAGGAGCUUUACAAACAAAGGGUUGAACUUCAAAUGGAACAUAGUUUAUUACUUACAUCCUCGAUUGAAAAUCAAUUAAUUAAAACUAAAUCUGAUUUUUAUAUACAUAGUGAUAAAUCUGGUAAACUGUUAGCUAGUCAAUUGAAGAAUGCUCUGGUUAAACAUCAAAUCACUAAGAUUGGUCAGCAGAAUGGGAAUCUGACAGUUAAUCAUGAUGAGAUAAAAAAGGCAUUUCAAGAUUUCUAUACCUCCCUAUAUCAAUCUGAAUUUCCUCAAGAUUAUAAUAUCAUGUCUGAUUUUCUUGGAAAAUUAAAUUUUCCAAGGUUAUCAUCUGAUGAUCUUUUGAUAUUGGAUACUCCUAUUACGGAUGUAGAAAUUAAGGGGGCUAUUUCCUCAAUGAAUUCUGGGAAAGCACCGGGUCCAGAUGGUUAUACAGUUGAAUUUUUUAAAUUUUUUUCCGCUACUCUUUCCCCUUGGUUAGGUAAGGUUUUUGAGGAGGCCAUUAGAUUAGGGAAUUUGCCACAAUCUUUUUAUAGAGCUUCCAUUUCUCUAAUAUUGAAGAAAGAUAAAGACCCUACUAAUUGUGCUUCUUAUAGACCUAUAUCUUUAUUGAAUGUAGACUCCAAGAUUUUUUCUAAGUUACUGGCAUCUAGAUUGGAGAAGGUAUUACCCAAAAUUAUUUCAGAUGAUCAAACUGGCUUUAUUAAAAAUCGUUAUUCUUUUUUUAACAUUAGGAGAUUGUUGAAUAUUGUUUAUACUCCCUCACAUGAUACUUCAGAAUGCGUGAUUUCAUUAGAUGCGGAGAAAGCAUUUGACAGAGUUGAAUGGCCUUACUUAUUUAAUGUGUUGGAGAAGUUUAAUUUUAGUCCGAUAUUUAUAUCAUGGAUUAAAUUGAUUUAUCAUACUCCAGUAGCCUCAGUGGUUACCAAUAAUCAAAGAUCUCCCUUUUUUCGCCUAUUUCGGGGCACUAGACAGGGAUGUCCUCUUAGUCCAUUACUAUUUAACAUUGCCUUAGAACCUUUGGCAAUUGCCAUCAGACAAUCACAGGAUAUUUUGGGUAUUAAUCGUGGGACAGAUAUUCAUAAGUUAUCUUUGUAUGCAGAUGAUUUAUUAUUAUUCAUUUCUAACCCGGAGAAAUCCAUUCCAGCAGUUUUAUCAUUAUUGGCUCAAUUUAGUGAGUUUUCUGGGUAUAAGUUAAAUCUUAAUAAAAGUGAAUUGUUUCCAUUGAAUAAACGGGUCCCAAUUUAUGGAAAUUUACCCUUUAAAUUAGUUAAUGACUCUUUUACUUAUUUAGGGAUCAAAAUCACAAAAAACCAUAAAGAUUUGUUUAGAUUUAAUUUUUUACCCUUAAUUGAUCAGAUUAAAGGUUUGUUUACUAAGUGGUCACCUUUGUCUCUAUCCCUAAUAGGUAGGAUUAAUGCUAUUAAGAUGGCUAUUUUAUCUAAGUUUUUAUAUAUUUUUCAAGCGAUACCAAUUUUUAUCCCGAAAUCUUUUUUUACUAAUGUUGACUCUAAAAUUUCUUCAUAUAUAUGGCAGUAUAAAAAUCCCAGGUUAGGUAAAACAUAUUUACAGAAGACAAAAAAGGAAGGCGGGUUAGCAUUACCUAAUUUCAGAUUUUACUAUUGGGCAGUUAAUAUUAGAUAUUUGUUAUGUUGGUUGAAAGAUGGGGGUGGAUCUUUUGGCCCUUGUUGGGUGAGUUUAGAAACUAAAUCGGUAUCAGCUUAUGCUUUGGGUUCUAUUUUAGGGAUUUCUCUCCCUUUUGCUCUUUCUAAAUUGCCGAAACGAAUUGACAACCCGAUAAUUAAACAUACAUUGCGUAUAUGGUUUCAAUUUCGGAGAUUUUUUGGGUUGACUCAAUUCGUUUUAAAUAGUCCUAUUGUAUCUAAUUGUUUUUUUCACCCUUCCAUUAUAGAUCAAGCAUAUUCAGCUUGGAAAACUAAGGGAUUACUAAGAUUUUUUGAUUUAUUUUUAGAUAAUUGUUUCAUGUCUUUUGAACAAUUAUCCAACAAAUAUAACUUGCCGAGAUUUCAUUUUUUUAGAUAUUUACAGAUUAGACAUUUUUUAAGUUCUGUACUCUCUACGUUUCCAAAUUUUGUGCCUUCAGAUACUUUGGAGAGUUUAUUUGAAUUAGACCCUUUUCAAAAAGGGCUUAUUUCAAAACUUUAUAAUAUAAUUAUGAAGAUACGUUCAGAGCCUCUUUAUAAGACUAAACAGGAUUGGGAAAGAGAGCUUAGUUUUAGUAUUUCUAGUGAGAAUUGGGAUAGAAUUCUUCAAUUAGUUAAUACAUCAUCGUUAUGUGCCAAACAUUCACUAAUACAAUUUAAGGUCGUACAUAGGGCCCAUAUGUCCAAGGAUAAAUUAGCUCAUUUUUACUCUCAUAUAAGUCCUAUUUGUGAUAGAUGUCAUUCUGAAAUUGCGUCUUUAACUCACAUGUUUUGGUCGUGUUCAUUUUUGGAGAAAUAUUGGAAAGAUAUUUUUGAUAUUAUUUCUGCGGUUUUGAAUAUUGAUUUACAACCUCAUCCUAUUACUGCAAUUUUUGGUUUACCAAUGUUAGAUUCACUGCAUUUAUCUUCUUCAGCCUGUCGAAUGAUUGCAUUUCUAACUCUGAUGGCUAGAAGAUCUAUAUUGUUGAAUUGGAAAGAAAUUGAUCCUCCCACUGUAUUUAAUUGGUUCUCUCAAACUAUGUUAUGUUUAAAUUUAGAAAAAAUUAGAAGUGGUACUUUUGAGACUUCUAUUAAAUUUGAAAAGUUAUGGAGACCAUUUAUUCAACAUUUUCAUAUGAUGUAAUAUGACCCUGUGCCAAGUUCAUUUGAUUUCCCAGUUUUCAGCUUAUGUAUUUUGAGAGGACCGGAAGUGACGGCAUUGAUGAAUACUUAUUUUUGUGAGAUAUUAUAAACAGCCCGUUUUUUUUUUCCUUUUUUGUUUUUUUUUCUUUUAUAUUACUUAUUAGUUAUAGUUAUUAGAUUAGAUUAGCUAGUUCUGCAUUAUAUAAAUUUUUUUGUUUG